ACUGUGUGUGAGUGUGUGUGUGUGUGUGUGUGUGUGAGUCUGUGUGUGUGACUGUGUGUGUGUGUAACUGUGUGUGAGUGUGUGAGUCUGUGUGUGUGUGUGAGAGUGUGUAACUGUGUGUGUAACUGUGUGUGUGAGUGUGUGUGUGUGUGUAACUGUGUGUGUGAGAGUGUGUAACUGUGUGUGUGUGUGUGCGUUGGUUUUUGUGGCUUAUGAGGACUUUUGACCUGAUUACGUACCGACACUACGGGGACAUUUGGAAUUAUGAGGACAGGGACAGUGUCCCCAUAAUUCCUCUAAUAUAUCUAUAUAUAUCUAAGUAAGAGAAGCUAAAAUUCAAAGUUUCGGUCGAAGUCCACUUACACCACAUACCCCUGAAACUGACUUUACACAGUGUUAACUCGGAAUUUAAUAUAGCGCCCCCUUUAGUCUGGUCUUGGUAUUGCACCAACUUACACACUCACACAAAAUUUGAGCCUUCUGAUUGGCUACCGCUGACUCGCCUAAUUCGCGCUCUGAUUGGCUGCGGCCGAUGUCAUUCAUGUCACGUGUCUCGGUUUGUGGGCGGAGUUUCUCUAUGUGCAGCGCGUCAUCAUGCGGAACUCAUAAUACGUCAAUCUUUAAAAAACAGCGUCCGGUGUACAGACUGUGUGAGAUGAAGCUGAGGAGGAGGAGGAGAGACAAUCCCAAACAGGAGGCUGAAUAUUUCACAUCUGCUGCCAAAGACAAGGAGGGAUUUGAUGUGAAAUAUAUAAAUUCAUUUAUAGGACGUGGAGUAUUCAGUUGUGUUCAUUUUGAUAAGGGAGAUUUUCUUUUGGAGUACAGAGGACAACUCAUAAACAAAGCUGAAUGUGAACGACGACAGAAGUUAUAUCACGAUGCCAUGAAAGCGUUCAUGUAUGAAUUCCGUUUCAAUGGAAGACUCUUAUGUGUCGAUGCUUCCAGAGAAGAUGGUUCCCUUGGGAGACUUGUCAAUGAUGACCACAUCAGCCCAAACAGCAAAAUGAAAAUAAUCACUGUAGAGGGAAAGCCUCAUCUGUGUUUAUUUGCGACUAGGAGCAUCGACCCUGGAGAAGAAAUCACAUACGAUUAUGGCAAUUCUGAGUUGCCUUGGAGAAAUAAGAUUGUAGCUGAAGAACACCAACUGCCACCAGAGGAAAACAGCACUAUGGCAUUGAGUGAGGCCAGGAGGGUGAAAGACAAUCAGUCUCUGUCACAGCACCAGGCUGUUUCUGAGGCAGACCCCUUUACCCCUGUGACCGAAGAUACCCAGGCAGCCAUCAACCAAACAGAACAGAAUAUAGCUGGAGCCGUCACUGAGGUUACAUCAGAGCUGACGUCUGUGAUGGACAAGUUGGAGACUGAUGUUCUGGGAGGAGAGACAGAAAAGAAUAUAGCUGGAGCCGUCACUGAGGUUACAUCAGAGCUGACGUCUGUGAUGGACAAGUUGGAGACUGAUGUUCCAGGAGGAGAGACAGAAAAGAAUACAGCUGGAACCAUUACUGAGGUUACAACAGUGCUGACGACUAUAAAGGACAAGAUGGAGCCUGAGGUUCCAAGAAAGGAGACAGAAAAGAUUACCAUUGUGAAGGAGCAAUCUGGGCCUGAGGAAAAAGAUACAAUAGCACCAAGUGAGAAAACAGAAAAAAAUUGUAAACAUGAAAUGGUCUUCACAACUGUUUCGAGCAUGAACAAAUGUGCAGCAUGUGUUGGACCUGUAGCAUCACUCAAAUGGAUUGGUCUGAGAUGCAAAGUCUGCAAUUGUUUUUGGCACAAGUCCUGCUUUGUAAAACUUAUUAAGAAUGAGUCACUAUCAUGGGGAUGCAGAAGGAUCACCCACCAAAAGAAGCCAAAGCUGGAUGUUCUGGUUGUAUUUUCCAAGUUAUAUAUGUGGUUUUGACUUUUAUUUUAGUCAUAUAACUCAUAAUUAUCAUUUUUGUUUUACCUAUUUUUAAUUUGAAACAAAAGUAUAUGUCAUCAUAUCUCCCAGUCUUUAUGGUUGUAUGAUGUGCAUAUUUAUAUACUUGUUUGUUUAGUCUCAAACACAGAUGCUUUGCCCAUGUCCCAUAGAGCACCUGCUGUUUUAUGUGCAAUAAGCUGGCUAUAAGGUUCACAAUUUUAAACAUCACAAUCUAAUUGAUUCUUUUGAUACGUGUUGUAUACACCAAUCAGACAUAACAACCAGUGAAAGGUGAAGUGAAUAACAUUGAUUAUUUCUCUACGAUGGCAUUUGUUGAGGGUUGGGAUAUAUUGGUAUAACAGUCAGUUCUCUGUGUUGAUGUGUUAGAAGCAGGAAAAAUGGGCAAGGGAUGCUACAUAAAGGUUCCUCUGAAAGUAACGGAACAGCAAGCUCAAUUAGUCUGUUUUUGCUAUACACUGAAGACGUUUGGGUUUGAGGUCAAAAGAUGAAUAUGAGAUGAUGGUUUAGAAUUUCAGCUUUCAUUUCCUGAUUUUUAUAUCUGUGUUACACAGAUUAAAACAUGGCACCUUUUGGUAUAGGCACAAAUUCUCUUAAAGUAAAUUAAACAGCACUUAAUAUUUGGUUCAUAUCCCUUACUUGCAAUAACUGUAUCAAGCCAGCAUACAUACAUCCCAUAUACAUCGCUCAAAACAAGAGUAGCUGUUCAUAGCUACUAAUUCUUUAAACUAUCAAUUUAACAGGAUACACCUGGGCAACAAGAAACACCAGUCACAUGUUCCAACAUACUUCAUCACUUGAAAAUAAAAUGUUUAAAAAAUCUAUAUGUAAAUAUCAGGAAAAAAAGCUAAAAUUCUGAGCUAUCAUUUUAUAUUCGUCAUUUGAUCUUAAACCCAGAUGUCUAGGUAUAGGAAAAACAAUAUAAUUGAACUUGCUUUUCAGAGGGGACUGUAUUUAACAGAGUUAAAAAUUAUGUUAACAGUUAACAGUUAUGUUUUUUAAGUGCUCAGUUGUAGUAUCCCUAACCUGAGUUGCUUAAUGUUCUGUAAUUGUUGUAUAGAAGGACUUGUUCUGUUAAGUCACAGGUGACCCGGUAAAUCACCAUGUGGUCAUGUUUGUGUUUGUGUUAAGUCGAGUACCAAUAAAACAUGCCUGUCCUUCUAAUACAGUGUAAAGUCUUUUUUUGUGUAUUGUUAAACUGAUGUCCCGAUAAAGCGGUGUGACCUUAUAAGUACCAAUUCUGUCAGAGGCGGGAGCUUCUCAGACGGUCCUUAUAUGCAACCAUAAUGUCAGGUCUUGUGUUUAAGAGUUUAAUUUUGCGUAGAAGAAAUCUGAAGUGAAAUUUGUCUUGCUAAAAAAAAACCAAAUUUUUUGAUGUUUACGGCAUUGCUGUAGCACAAAGGGAAAGGUGGGUCCCCUUAAACCACGUUUCAACUGGUUUGGCCGGCAAAGUCCUCGUAAGACUUAAAAACCAGUA